AUGACGAAGCACGUGACUUUAUAUCUUGAUAGCGGAACAACAUAUGCUCCGAAUUCCCCGGCGCCUUUCCUAAAUAGGCUAGUGACAUUCCCAGCGCGUUUUGCGACGCGUCCGCGUUCUGCCAGCAAUUUUGGUAGGGAGCUGCGGUUAGCAAACUGGACCCUCUCUUUCUCCCUUCCGAUCCCACUCUCUUGUUUUGCGCCGCUUUCAAUUGAGCGCUCUUUUCAACCCACCAUGUCCCUCCUUCAAUACCCCCCACCGGUGGAUUAUGCCUCCCAGACUACUGGCUUCAAGGAAUUCUUGAAGGGCUUCAAGUCCUUCCAGUCGAACUCGGAAGCCGCAGCGACUGAGGCUUUGCAGGAUUUGAACAUCGACGAAGGUCGGACUAGCGAUGAAUAUGAUUUCAUGGAUGAUGCCGAUGAGAUGGAUGGGGCCACAAGUCGACCAACUAAGCGUCAGAACCCCAAGUUCAAGUACAUGCAGAUUCUGCAAGAUGUCGCAAAUCGCGAUACCUCGCAUAUUCAAAUCGACUUGGACGACCUGGAAACUUUUGAAAAGUCUAUGCCUGAGGGCGAAGACCUCAAGCUUGUCGAAUCCAUUGAAAAAAAUGCACACCACUAUGUCGACAUUAUCUCCUCAGUUGUUGACGAACUCAUGCCCCAGUCAACAAAAGAUGUCACGUACAAGGAUGAUGUGCUCGAUAUAAUUAUGUCUCAGCGCGAGAGACGCAAUGAAGCAACCGAAGCUGCUCUGGAGGCUGACAUGGACUCCGACCCUGCGUCCCUUCCUACCUUCCCCGCCGAGCUUACUCGUCGGUAUACUCUUAACUUCAAGCCUGUCACGCCCUCAGGGUCCAGCAGCGAUCGCGGUUCUAAAGCGCUCGCCGUUCGAAAUGUUCGCGGUGAGCACCUGGGUCACUUGAUCACUGUCCGCGGUAUCACCACUCGUGUCUCCGAUGUCAAGCCCGCCAUUCAGAUCAAUGCCUAUACUUGUGAUCGCUGCGGAUGUGAGGUUUUCCAACCCGUCACCACCAAGCAAUACCUUCCCUUGUCAGAGUGUCCUGCAGAUGAGUGUAAGAACAACAACUCCAAGGGCCAGCUCUUCUUGUCGACUCGUGCCUCCAAGUUCACUCCUUUCCAGGAGGUAAAGAUCCAGGAAAUGGCCGACCAGGUCCCUGUGGGCCACAUCCCCCGCACCCUUACCAUUAACUGCCACGGUGCUCUCACCCGUCAGCUGAACCCUGGUGACGUGGUCGACAUCGGUGGUGUCUUCCUGCCUACCCCCUACACCGGUUUCCGCGCUAUUCGUGCAGGCCUUCUUACCGAUACAUUCCUCGAGGCUCACCACAUCACCCAACAUAAGAAAUCCUAUAAUGACAUGGGCAUGGAUCACAUUACGCUGCGCAAGAUUGAGCAGCACCAGCGCUCUGGUAACAUGUAUGAGUACCUGUCACGAUCGAUCGCUCCCGAGAUUUACGGCCACCUCGAUGUCAAGAAAGCCUUGCUUUUGCUUUUGAUCGGUGGUGUCACGAAAGAGAUGGGUGACGGUAUGCACAUUCGUGGUGAUAUCAACAUCUGCCUGAUGGGUGACCCUGGUGUGGCCAAGUCUCAGCUUCUCCGAUACAUUACAAAGGUUGCUCCUCGUGGUGUUUACACCACUGGACGAGGAAGCAGUGGUGUCGGUCUUACGGCCGCUGUUAUGAGAGACCCAGUUACCGACGAAAUGGUACUGGAGGGAGGUGCUCUGGUGUUGGCUGACAACGGUAUUUGCUGCAUUGAUGAGUUCGACAAGAUGGAAGACGCAGACCGCACCGCUAUUCACGAAGUGAUGGAACAACAGACCAUCUCUAUCUCCAAGGCCGGAAUCACGACCACCCUUAAUGCGCGUACUUCCAUCUUGGCCGCGGCUAACCCGCUAUAUGGUCGUUACAACCCCCGUGUGUCACCAGUGGAGAACAUCAACUUGCCCGCCGCCUUGCUCUCCCGUUUUGAUGUCAUGUUCCUGCUUUUGGAUACUCCUUCCCGCGAAGGCGAUGAGGAACUUGCCAACCACGUCACCUAUGUUCACAUGCACAACAAGCACCCAGAAAGCGAAGACGCAGGCGUCAUGUUCACCCCCCACGAGGUCCGUCAGUAUAUCGCCAAGGCACGAACCUUCCGUCCCAUCGUCCCCAGCAGCGUCUCUGACUACAUGGUUGGUGCCUACGUGGCUAUGCGUAAGAGACAAAAGGUGGACGAGUCCAAGAAGCGCCAGUUCUCCCACGUCACUCCCCGUACUCUUCUCGGCAUCGUCCGUCUGUCCCAGGCCCUGGCUCGUCUUCGCUUCAGUGAUCAGGUCGUUCGUGAGGAUGUUGACGAGGCUCUGCGUCUCAUCGAAGUCAGCAAGGCUUCUCUGUACAAUGACGGCGAGCAUGGCGCAGACAACACCCCCUCAAGCAAGAUCUACAACUUGAUCCGCAGCAUGAAGGAAAGUGGUGCCGCUGCCAUCGGAGAUGGCGAGGAAGGAGAGAUGAGUAUGAGACGUAUCCGCGAGCGCGUCCUGGCUCGAGGCUUCACUGAGGACAACCUCACUAUGACCAUCGAUGAAUAUGCCGAGAUGAACCUCUGGCAAGUCACUGGCAAUGGAACCCGUCUGCUCUUCACUGAGGUUGACGGCGAUAUGGAUAUGUAA